ACAGCAGUUUCAGUAAAACGCAAUUUGAUUGGCUUACAGGAAUGUAAAGCACGAAAUUCGAAAGAAGACAAGAGGAAUAGAAACAAAACAAAAACAAUCCAGAAGUCAAAUUCUUCGAAUUUAAAGAGCGAUAUGCCACCAAUGAGACCUCAGAGAGGCAAGACACCAAGAAAGAGAGGCAAGACAGGAGGAAGUACCUCUGACGUUGUCGAACCAGUUGAGGUAUACUGUCGAGUACGACCAUUGGAUAACCCUGGAGAUGCUGUGUGUUUGACAGUGGUCAGUAAUGAUACAGUGAAACUUCUCUCCUCAGAGAAUACGCUGGCAUUUGCACGUACAGGACAGCUAAAAGAGAUCCAAUACAAAUUCCAGCAUGUAUUUGACGAGUAUACGUCACAGAAGGCAGUGUUUGACCAUGUUGCCUACCCUCUUAUUGAUGACCUGGUGCACGGGAAAAAUGGAUUGCUUUUCACAUAUGGUAUCACAUCAUCGGGUAAAACAUACACAAUGACAGGAACGCCACAAGAUCAGGGCAUACUUCCACGUUGCCUGGAUGUCAUCUUCAACAGCAUAGGGGAGUACCAGUGCAAGAAAUACGUAUUCAAACCAGACAAGAUGAAUGGCUUCGAGGUACAAACAGAAGCAGAUGCCAUGAUGGACAGACAGAGGAAAGAUAUCUUACCUGGCCUUACCCCUAAAACACCUGGCACACCCAGAAUAAGAGAAAAAUAUGAGUUUGGUAGAGAUUGUGGACGUCUUGUUGAUCCUAGUCGUGUAAAUGAUGUCGAUGAAGAUAACACAUAUGCCGUGUUUGUAUCGUACAUAGAGAUCUACAACAACUAUGUGUACGAUCUGCUAGAAGAGCUUCCGUAUGACCCAAUUACAGGAUACAAAGCACCGCAGUCAAAGUUUCUGCGUACAGAUAGCUGUGAUAACAUGUAUGUGAUGAGCUGUACAGAAGUAGAAAUCAAAAGCCCAGAGGAAGCCUUUGAGGUUUUAUACAAAGGUCAGAAAAGACGAAAAGUCGCCCACACUGCACUGAAUGCAGAGUCCAGUAGAAGCCACAGUAUAUUCAACAUCCGCUUGGUUCAAGCACCGCUUGACCCUUGUGGCCAGGAAGUUUUACAGGACAAUGAGAAGAUAUUUGUAAGUCAGUUAUCCCUGGUAGAUCUUGCCGGGAGUGAGAGAGUGAACAGGACAAACAAUAAAGGAGAUAGACUGAAAGAAGCUGGUAAUAUAAACCAAACAUUGAUGUCAUUGAGAACAUGUUUGGAAAUGCUGAGAGAGAACCAGAUGAGUGGCGGCAACAAAAUGGUGCCGUAUCGGGACUCAAAACUUACACACCUGUUCAAGAACUACUUUGAUGGUGACGGCAGGGUCAGAAUGGUUGUUUGCGUGAAUCCUAAAGCAGAGGAAUUCGAUGAGACUGUGCAUGUUAUGAAGUUUGCCGAGAUGUCUCAAGAGGUCAUGGUUCAGCGGUCCCAGCAGGUGAAGUUUGACCUUGGAUUGACCCCGGGUCGUAGACGCCUUGGCGAAAAGUUGCGAGAGGAGAGAAUGAGAGAAGAGGCAGAAAGAGAAAAAGAAAGAGAAAUGAUGCCUGUACCGUCCCCAAGUUUGAUCUAUUCUCUUGGUCCAGAUUUCCCCAAUCUUGAGUUGGUAGAUUACAGUGAUGAGGAGACAUUGAGAAAGUUGAUAGAGUGUCUGUGUGAACGUGAUACUAGAAGACAAACACUGCUUAUUGACUUUGAAGCCAAAGGUAAUCAGUUUAGGAACUAUUUACUUGACUUUGAGAGGGAUUACGACCGUUUGAAAGAAAGAAACGAGGAGCUGGAAGCGGUAACAAACAAACACGGUAGUACAACAUCUAAAUUAGAGUCAAAAUGUCGUAGUCUAGAACAGAAAGUCAGCUCUCUACAGCAACAGUUGAACGAGGCUGACAGAAUGAGGCGAGAGUUUGAAGCUAAGUUAUAUGACAAGAAUAUGAAGAUUCGACAAGAACAGUCAGAAAAGGAAAGAUUAAAGGACAAUUUCAAACAGAGAUUGGAGAUGAACAACAUCCAUUGGGAGGACAACUUGGAUAAAGAAAGAAGGAAGAUAGAGAGGGAGUUGGGAAUGGCCUUGGAGGAGAAGGAGAAGAAGUUUAGUAUGAUGAAAGAAGUCUUAGAUAGUGAAACUCCCAUCGCCAAACCUAGAACAUUUAAAACACCUGCCACUAGUACUAAAACUAGAACAUACACAACACCAGGUGUGAUACAGAGUGCUAGAUCUGAAUCUGAUGUGUCGUCUAUUGGUGUUCCUACCCCACGGACAAGAACAACAUCAGCUGUUCCGUCAGUCCGACCCUGGGGCUAUGGUGGUAACAACAAACGUCCAGUUCCCAAAACACCAACAGCCACACCUAGAAGUAUACCACAGUAUAAUUUAAGACAUAGAAGAUCUAAGUCCAACACAGAAACAUGGCUGGACCAUAAACCACAGGGACACUUAGAUCUAGACACAGUGUUGCAGCCUUCACUAAAGAAAAAGAAAUCUGUGAGCAAACUAGACACUAAGGAUACAAAAAUGGCAUCAAAAUAUAUGUUAACAGACCAAGGGCUUAAUUCUGAUGGAGAGUUUCAAACCAGGUACUUCAAGGGAGAUGUGAUACCUACCUCAGGGGGUGGAGCUUCUGUCGUUUUUAAUGACGUAGAAAUCCACAAACAGAAAGAGCCAGGAACGAGGAAGCGUCGCAGCUCAUGUCCUCAACCAACAGAUUUUGAUGGGGAGUGGACGGAUCCUGAAGAACGUUGUGCAAUUGCCAUUGAAGGCCAUAGAAGAAAGAGAAGCAAACAAUCCCCAGAACUGGUAUCUGUUGUUUAAAAAAGAAAAGUCGCCAAACUCCAGAAUCUAGGGUUUGAAAAGAAGAUCGAAUUACCAAGGCAACAGUUUCAUACAUCUGCAACAACAAACUUCUAGAACAGUAGGCACUUAUUAAACAUACCUACAAAAAUAUUUGUAUAUCCCACGAGUACCUCAAGUUGUGGAAAAAAUUUGAUGGUAAAC